AUGUCUUUGAGAAAUGUCAUACGUGGACACGUAGCAGGCAAAACCUCGAUAACUGUCACAUCUACAGAAGGCUAUGGCUAUCCCAUUUGCGGCUGCCAGAGUAUCCUCAUCGCCGUGAGUCCAAUCAUGGACCCGAGGCUUUACUUCCUACGAGCAGUACAGCAUCGAUUCGGAGUCGUGGUUCAGUCCCACGAGUACCUCGUCCGCAAAUUGGAAGAGGCCGUUGAAAUUUGGGUGAGAGAACAUGAUUACCUUCGGCCAGGCUGUCGAAGUGUUGAUGACCACCAGUUAGAACAGUCACUUCGAUGCAUUGGAGAGAUGACCAAACUAUUUCGCCGACUCCACCAGCGCUUUUCAAGGGCUAUUGCGGUCUGGAACCGGUUCAGUGGGCAAAGAGGAGAUAUUCAAUACUUCGAUGAUCUUCAGGACGGCAAUGCUCGCUAUGCCUUACUGGGGAUUGAACAAAGCGUGGAAAUGUUGACUGAGCUUGUAGCGGCAUUGGACGAUAUGCUCAAGAUCUGCACAGAGUCGGCCGAGGGCUUUGAUCGUCAAUUGAAGCAUAGCAUGAGCCGCGUAAAGACCGAUGCGACGACGUACGUUGCUGAAAGUGCUGCAAAGAGCGAGAAGUUCGCUGAAGAGAUGAGUCGUUUCACUCGUCUCAACGUUCAACUUCUCAUGGUCACCACUGCCGUUGUUAUUGCCCUGCAGUACUUCUGCUCUGAACGCGCACUUUUCAAGUUCGAGAGAAGUCCACGUAUGUUUUGGGUCAGCAUCUGCGUGUUAGUUCCAAGUCUUCUUCUCUUGACAUACAUUCUUCACGCUGUGGACCAGGUUAGGAAGUUCCUUACCGAUAAACUUGCUGGAAAGCAGCAGAAAGCGGUGACUCUGGAAGAGGGACUAGUAAACUACCAUAUAUGA